UAUGGGAAAGUUACACAUCCCAAUGACACAGUUUUUAGGUCAGACUAUAAGUGCCAAAUGUAAAACAGUGAACAGUAAAGUCGCCAGAAGUGUACCUAAUUAAUUAACUAGAGUAAUAUUAUUUCUUUAAAAACUCGACUGGUAAGUAAAGCCCUAACUUUCAGAGUAACCAACAUAAGACAAACAUCAGCGUUUGACCUGUGGAGUUUGUCCUCAAUCACUCAGCUUUGCCCUCUUAUCAGAACGCGCGCUGUUUGACCCCACCCCUCUCUUGCUGCAACGAGCGCGUGCGGUGCAAUUUGAGCAACAUCUGCAGCACGCGACCGUGCGACACCCUCACGCGGGGGCAUUGUGUUUAAUCUUUUGUGCUACAGGUUUGUGCUCCAAUAUAUGUAUUGUCGUUUUACAAGAAGGUGACAUGUGAACAGAUUGAUUAAUAUAGCCUAUCAACAGCGCUGCGUUUAAAAGAGGAUGAAGUGGCUGAGAGUGAAGAUGUGGUGGUGUGAGAAGAUGCUCUUUUCGCGAAAGGAGACAAAUGACUAUUGAGCCUGGUCCGCUCACCCGUGUGGGUACAUUUUAUAUACAGAGAGAAAUCUAGCAUAAAGUGCAGCAAAUGGAUGGACGCACAGAAAAACAGGAGACGGGGGAUGCUGCUGUCAUCAUCGUUGAGAACGAAGCUGAGAGCAUGCCAGUGCAAGAGGAAAGGUCCGCUGCAAACGGCCAAAAUUACCUGGACACUUGCCCCGUUUGCCAUCUAAACUUUAACAGUCGAGAGCCUAAACUUCUGCCGUGUCUACACUCUUUUUGCAAGAAAUGUUUGCCGUCACCUUCCAGGAAUUUGGCCGUGAGAGAGCCGCCAAACUCCCAGGUUGACAGCGCGACCAAACCACUGAAUGUGAUCCGCUGUCCGGUGUGCAGACAGGAGUGUAUGGAGGUAGAUGUGAUGGAAAACGUCUUUGUGAAGGACUCAGUUGAGGCUCCCAGCAGCACAGUGGAGAGGACAGUCCAGCUCUGUAUGACAUGUGAUGACAACACUGAAGCUGCUGGGUUUUGUGUGGACUGUGUUGAGUACCUCUGUUCCACCUGUGUGGAGGCCCACCAAAGAGUCAAAUUCACCAAAGACCACACCAUCAGACAGAAGACAGAAGUGUCACACGAGGUCCAUGGUGUGUCGACUCAGAGGCCGAUGUUCUGUGACAUCCACAAACAAGAGCCACUGAAGCUGUUCUGUGAGACCUGCGACCUGCUAACAUGUCGUGACUGCCAACUAGUCAAGCACAAGGACCACAAUUACCAGUUCCUGGAAGAUGCUUAUAGAAACCACAAAGAGCACAUGCAGAGCAUGACCCAUCAGCUACAGGAAAAAAAGAAACUGAUUGAAGAAGUGUCAAACUCCAUAAACAAUGGACUUCUUCAGGUUGAUCAGAACCGCAUGUCUGUUCAUAAUGAAAUAAAGAAAUCCAUCUGCAGUUUGAUUCUUGAGAUAAACAAGAAGGGCAAGAUGCUAGUUAAUCAACUUGAGGCUGUAACAAAGGAUCACGAGAGUGUCUUGCGAAAACAACAGGAGGACAUUGGCUAUCUAGCCAGACACCUGGAUCAUGUCAUCAACUUCACCAAAUGGGCCACAGCCAAGAAUGGGGGAACGGCCCUCUUGUACUGUAAACGUUUGAUUCUGUUUCAGAUUGGAAACCUCCUGCAGGCAAAAUGUAGUACCUCGUUUAUACCACAAAGCACUGCACGCUUCCAGUGUCGAUCCUCUUAUUGGGCCUCAAAUGUUGAUCUUGGCUCUUUAGUGGUGGAGAGUCUACCAGGCCACCAGCUGGGUAGUUUUCAGGGUAUCCCUCGUCAGCUCUCCCACCUUGGGCAGGGCCCCUCAGGCUCACCCCACAGCUUUGCCCUGGGAGCACCCCAUAGUACUCUGGCUCAGCUCCAGAUGCAAGUGGACAAGCUAAACCCACAGGCCCACUGGCAGGCCCAGCCACCCCCUCCACCCUGGACAUGGUAUCAGAGUGUCAGACUACAGCGAACCGUCCCAGGGCCCCUGCAAGGAGGGUCUCCAUCCCACAGUAUGCCUCCCCAACCAGGCCGCAGGUUUAUGGUGCCUCCUCCGAACCACGUCAGUCCAACUAACAGCUUACCGAGUCCUGGGUUUAUGCCCCAGCCUCUGAGGGAUAUGGGUAGCAACUCCAGCUACCAACCCAAACCUAUAGACGUAUUUUCCUCUUCCCCUUUCUACACCCAUAUAACACCACUGCCGAUCAAUCGUGACGUUGGUUUGCCAAAUCACGACAGAUGGCAAGUUGAGCCCACAUAUCUGAAUAGAAGGAAAGAUUCAGUUGGUCCAUACAUGUUGGAACCAAACAAUCCCCAGAGCCUGCCACCUUCUUUGCUACACAGAAAUGUGCAAGGACAACAUAAUUCACCAGGGUACACUGAUUCCCAGGAGGAGAAACCAGGUAUUGUUUCCUGGAGACCUCCAGAACCACAACAGGCUAGUGGAGCAGUGGGAUCAGCUGUCAAGAAAAGACGAAGGUUGUCUCCAGGGCCCAUCAUAGUCAUCAAAGAUGAGCCAGAUGAUGACAGGAGCUACGUGCAAACAAACCAAAAAGCCAGCCUCCCUGAUAGCACAGGUGACCAACCCCAAAUCAGUACCCAAGGUGAGGGGAUGAAAGUCCCAACUCCUCUUCAAAACAUGGAUGACAAACCCCAAUGCCCUUCACAGCCUCUAAGCAACCCACGGGACCAGAGCAAGACUAAUCACAUCUGUUCACUCGGAGGAGAACAGCAGCCUAUAGACCAGCACCAAUCUCUUCUGGAAGACUCUAACAAAGCCUUCUGUGUGGUGUGUCAGACUGGGGGAGAGCUGCUGUGCUGCGAUAAGUGUCCCAAGGUGUUUCACCUUUCGUGCCAUGUUCCAACUCUACUGAAACCUCCCAGUGGGGAAUGGUUUUGCUCUUUCUGCCGUGACCUGCUGGUGCCUGAGAUGGAGUAUGAAAGCAAACCCGAAGCCAGAAAAGUAAAGAAGGAGCCAGAUGAAGGAGGAUUUUCCCCUGUGGACAAACGAAAGUGUGAGAGGCUGUUGCUACACUUGUUUUGCAGUGACCUGAGUUCCAACUUUCAAGAGCCUGUGUCCCCUACGGUACAUGCUAAUAGCAGGCUGACUAUAAAUGGACUGAUGUAUCUUUCCCCUGUGAAAAAACGACUAGAGGCUAAGCAGAGUCUGUGCUAUCAAAGCCCUGCAGAGUUUAUAUCAGAUAUCAGGCUCAUCUUUCAGAAUUUUGCAGUCCUCAGUGAGGCUGACACAGAGGUCACCAUGGCAGGCAGGAAGCUUAAGGAGCAGUUUGAAGAGCACUUGAGGAUCGUCUUCCCUGACCAGACCUUCCCACAAAUCAAACUGGAGAUGAUGCAUACUUCCCCUCUUGACUCUCAACUCUCAUCUCUUGAGCAUAUAUCCCAGCCUGCAAAGCGCCAGCACACGUGUUCAGACUCCCAGGAUAGACCAAGCUGGCCUAGUGGAGAGGAGGGAGCAGUAUGAAAGCACAAAUGUUUUAAAUUCUUAGAUAUUUGACAACACUGCCAGCACCAGCUAAUAUGUGGUGUGUUAAACUAUAAUUUAAACAUUUAUGAAGCACAAUUACCUUCAGGACACCAAAAAUGUUUGAUAUGUUUAAUGAUUCAGAAAGAAGAAAUGGCUUCAAUCUCUGACUAAAACUUCCAGUUUAAGUUAAGCAGUCUUUUUCAAUUCAAGUCAACAAUUUGCUGAAGUGAUUAAUCUUCCCUCAGUAGAUAUAUAGGUUCAUCAACACUGAGCUAAAGUCAGGUCUGGUGUGUUUUUCCUGUAUAAAUAUAGCAGUGAUCAGAGGAAGGAUGAUAAUCCUGAGCUUUGAUGUUUGUGGUCUAUCUUAUGUGGAAUAAGAUGUGUUGUGAGGCCCCUCAAGGGCAGUAAAAUUAAAACAUCAAAGGAUUCAAAGCUGUUUCAUGAAGCCACAGUUUAAGAUGUUCCAUUGUUACACAAUGUUCACAAUAUUUCAGCUUGGUCUAAUUUGUCAGGCUUUUUAACGUAGUGCAGAACUACAGAUUUAAUGUUGUAAAGAUAAAUGUAAUGUGUAAUUAUGUUUAUUUAUUUAUUUAUGUUUAUUUAUUUAUUUAUUUCAGAUUUCAUUGUGAAGCGCUAGCACAGUGCAAAUGUUAUGUGAGACAAUUUCUUCUAAGAAAACUUUAACUCAGCAACAAUUCUUGGCACUCACCAUUGUGAUCUAUUUCUCCUAAGUCAAAAUCUGUAGCAUAAAGCUGCUUGCAUGACAGUCAACUUGCAGGUGUUUAUAGGGUAUAAUCAAUAUAUAUAGUAUUAGUACCCUCAUUACAACAUAUACUUUACAGUUAAGCAAAGCCACUUUCUCCUUUAACAAGUUUCUACAAUUGUGUUACAGCGAACAAGUCCUUUGAGCACCACCGGGCAGCCCUCUGACUGCCUGACUGUGUUAGUGGCCCUCUGCUGAUUGACACAGACCUGGCAAGACAAGCUUUGUUGAGCUUCAAAGGAACUGUACUGCACCCCAAACAACAAGAUUAACACUGUUUGAUUGCGACCUAGGCCACUCCAAUUUCCUCCACCUGUGAGCAAGGAAGUCAGCUCACACUGCUGUUUCUUGUUUUUGCCCAAAUGUAGAUUGGAGGUGGAGAGGAGGGCUAACAGGCAUGAGAAGUUGCCAUCAGAUGUUGACCAAGCUCUAGCCAGGCUUGGAGCCUGACACUGGUCUGGCUCUCAUUUUGGGCAUUCUUGAUUCAUUAUGGCCUUUAAAGGACUAUAAUCUCUUCUACACUACACUAAGGCAAAGAUAAGAUUAAGACAGGUCUGCAGGAAAGGGGUGCCCUUUGUUGGUGUAAAUGCUGUUACAUUACAAAGGUCUAGCAUCAGAGGUCCUACUGCACAGAUUAAAUAUGUGUCCAGGAUCA